GGCCUUUCAUAACUCUUGAAGAAAACAACAACACCUGGAGUGACUGUAUGUCUGUACAUAUCUAGCGAAGAUGGAACAAGAAGAACAAACUCCUCGUCGCCAUCGUCGUCCGCUAAGUCUAUCCAAUCCCGAAAACGAAGUACGAUCUGUGGGUACUUUCCACUGGACAUCUGACGCUGCCAACACGCUCUGGUUAACUGGAUGGAUCCCGAAAAAUGAAAACGAAUAUUUGAGUGCAUGCCUUGGACUGUUUCUUAUGGCGGUACUCGCUCGAGGUCUAGCCGGCAUCAAGGUCUCGCUUGCAGCCUGGUUGAACGCACAGGAAUACCAUCGCCAGCUCUUGCCGCUGGCUAGUAGGAGCAACAACAAUCAUAUCUGUAAUGGCAAGAGACCCAGGAGUGGUGCGCCAACAACAAUCAUGCCCUGGGUACCUCCAUUCGCAUGGAAACCGGACAUAUUGCGGAGUAUCUGUGCCACGCUUGAACAUUUCUUGAUGUUUCUGCUGAUCAUGGUGGUCAUGACUGGCAAUGUGCAAUACUUUGUCUCGAUACUAGCUGGUAUUCUAGUUGGUGAAAUGAUGUUUGGGCGCUUACAUGAUGCUAUUCCACGUCUGCCAGUGUAUAAAUAUUACUAA